UUCAGUAUCAUAGUCCGCCCAGUAGCUAUCUGAGUGGAAAGUUGAGCGCAUUCACGGGACAGGCGGGCUUUACGCAACAGCUGGGAGCUUAAUUUAGGUCGCACACAAAAUCUUGACGAGCUAACUGAAGAUUUGUAUUAUUAUUUCUUUGUUAUUAAUCUAACUUAUAAGGAGAAAUGCGGGCUGUUUUGGCGCUUCUGGUGAUGAUGUGUUAUUGCGGUGGCGCGCUGGGUGAACGGGGACCGAAGGUGUCCAGGAGAGCGCAGAGGACUCGCUCCUGUCAGGACAUGCCGGAGGAAGUUUUAGAGCAGAUGUUCGGGAGACUUUCGGUCGGGGUGCUUAGUGCUUUUCAUCACACCCUUCAGCUCGCGCCUCCAGAGCGACAAAAUCUCACCUGCACAUCAGUGAAUCGCCUAGCGCGUGACAGAUCACGUACCCCCGUAAACUUGCUCAGCCUCUCGCCUUGGGCGUACAGAAUCUCCCACGAUCCUGCGAGAUACCCUCGAUUUCUCCCGGAGGCAUAUUGCUUGUGUAAGGGAUGCUUGACCGGUCCAAACGGGGAGGAGAGUGACCGCUUCCGAAGCAUUCCAGUCUACGUGCCCACCGUCGUGCUGCGCCGCGUCGGUUCGUGUGCCGGAGGACGUCAUUCCUACACUGAGAGCUACGUGUCCGUCGCCGUGGGUUGUACUUGUUUGCCAGUAUUGGAAAAAGACAGAAAAACACGAAAGGGCAAGCAAACUGGGUAAAGAGUAGCGCCUAAAACUGCACUUACUUUAACUGAGAUGAUAAACAUUUUUGCCAGUUCUACAUCACUCAUGCCACUUUUACUUUUUUAUACACCUGAAACUAUUGUAAGAAAUAAAGGUAGAUAGUGUAACAA